AUGGUAUCGCGUGUGGUUAAUAAACUAGAGGAUAAAUUAUUAUUAUCAGUGCCGCCUGUCACUGUAAAUGUUCGGAGAAGCAGCCUGUCACUUUUGAAUUUGCCGGACGGUUUGGCAUUUCAAGGUGUCGCGGGUUCUGCUCGAAGACGUUUGAGCAACGUCAGUGAUGUCGUGUCCAAAAAAAUAUCUGAUACAAUUGGCUGGCGGUCUUUAUCUACCAACGUCGAACUCACGGUUAUGCAGGGAUCGGUACUCUGUGGACAAUACAUAAAAAAUCGUUUGAAGCGUUCGGGAAUUUUCCAAAAGAAACUCGGGCUCAAGAGAAUGAGAAGCGGCGCGAUCAUGUCCUCUGAGGGACUUCUGGUGGUGUCUGAAGUAAGCCCGGUGUUGACGAGUCUCGGGGCCGAGCUUGAGAAACUUCAUCCAAAAUUGUACACAAAUAUUGCCCGACAAAUCGGUGCUGGAUCAUUUUCAAAUGAACAGACAGCCAUGGAGGCUAUUGCUGACGUGUCGAGGGAACUUUUAAGAGUAGGUGGUGAAAUGACAUGGGGAAAAAUUAUUUCCCUGUACUCGGUUGCUGGAGGAAUUGCUGUCGAUUGCGUUCGCCAGGGCAAACCAGAGUUUAUUGGAGCUAUUCAACGAGCCAUGACUAUUGUUCUUGAAGAGGAUUUGGCUAGUUGGAUCCAAGCCAAUGGAGGAUGGAUUGGAUUGAGUAACAAAUGCCGGACAAGUAUUGACUCAGACACCUGGCAAGAACGUGACACUUUGAUAGUACUUGUAUCAACGACGUUAAUAAUGGGACUAGCAUUAUUGAUACGUAUUUUUAUAUUUUCUUAA